AUGGUAAUUAUUCAGCAUGCAGAUCCACUUGGGAAUGGGCUAGGGAAAGUGGUUAUCAUUGAAGCUGCCGAGACCAACUGCAUUGUGCCUGAAGUAGCUACGCCCAUCAAAUUACUUGGGCACUUGGGCUUAAGGUACAUUCUUUUCUGUUUCUGGCCUUUUGUGAACAAGUUAUGUGCAUUCUGUUAUCUGAAGGAUGACAUGAUUGGCAUUAAGAAGAAUAGAGAGAAAUAUCUUGAGAGUAUGAAGACAAUGAAACUGGAUUUAGAGCAUUUGGGGUCCUCGGAAUUUGAUCCUUAUUUGAAUACUGAUGUUGGUACAAUGUCUCCGUUUGAGCACGAGGAGUUUUUUGUUCUCGGUGAUGGUGGAGAGGUGGUCCCGCACAUUACUGAUGCUAUUAAGAAUUGGAUUGAAUUUGUGUCUGUAAUUCUCGUGGAUGGAAAGAAUGUCUUGCAGAUAUUUGUGUUAUUGAACUUGGAUGUGGUUUGUGUGACUACUGACUUCGCCAUGCAACAUGUGCUUCUUCAGAUUGGUUUACGACUCCUGGCUCCUGGUGGGAUGCAGAUUCGUGGCUCCACAGGAAAUGUUGUUUUGUGUUCAUCUAAAGUUACACUAUUAUGGGGAGAAAAUUUGCCUCUUCAGAUGAAACUGAUGGGUGAUUUGAUAUCUUUGAUACAGGGCAAAAGGAUUCACAUACCUCCCAGGGACAUUAUACAAAGAAAUGCAACCUACAAAGGCUCUGAUUCUGAGCCUAAAGAUUUGCUUGAGCUGUAUAAAAAAUUGAAGGGCAACAUGGAGAAGUAUUUCUUGAUGCAGUAG